AGCUGCUUGGUGAUUCGUACAGUCCUGAGAAAGGGGAUACAUGUAGUUAGAAUGUUGCGAGUUGUUCUUCUGUGUUUGGUGGUAGCUUUUACUACCGGUAGCUUCUAUCCAGCCGAUCGGCGUGAGGCUCUUCCCGGGUUCCGUGUAUUAUUCAACAAGAAAAUCAAAUCGGGACAACUAUCAAUAAUUGGAAAGCCGACUGCACAAAGUACGACACAUAAUGAAAACUAUACUUCAGAUAAAGCUGUAGAUGGAAGUCAAGGCACAUACCUCUACCCCAACAAUGUCUGCUCACAUACAGGUGAAGAGGCUCAUCCUUGGUGGAGAGUGGAUCUUGAGGAAGAGCAUUGUAUCAGCAAAGUGACCAUUCUUAACCGUGGAGAUUGUUGCAGUGACCGUUUGACGAAUGCAGUUGUCCGUGCCGGCAUGAAUGAUGACGUCAUCACCAAUCACCAAUGUGGUUCAGCAGUAACAGCUGAUCAAGCUCAACCAUUGGGUGGGACCAUCGAGUUCGCCUGUGAGUCACCGUUGAGGGCGCGGUACACCAGUGUUGAUAUCCCCACUGGAGGUUACCUGCAACUUUGUGAAGUGACGGUCUUUGAACUUCCGCUGGAGAGUUGCCUUCCACCGGCAAUCCAAUCAGGACAACUAUCAAUCAUUGGAAAGCCGACUGCACAAAGUACAACAUUCAUUGAAAACUAUACUUCAGAUAAAGCUGUAGAUGGAAGUCCAGGCACAUACCUCUACCCCAACAAUGUCUGCUCACAUACAGGUGAAGAGGAUCAUCCUUGGUGGAGAGUGGAUCUUGAGGAAGAGCAUUGUAUCAGCAAAGUGACCAUUCUUAACCGUGGAGAUUGUUGCAGUGACCGUUUGACGAAUGCAGUUGUCCGUGCCGGCAUGAAUGAUGACGUCAUCACCAAUCACCAAUGUGGUUCAGCAGUAACAGCUGAUCAAGCUCUACCAUUGGGUGGGACCAUUGAGUUCGCCUGUGAGUCACCGUUGAGGGCGCGGUACACCAGUGUUGAUAUCCCCACUGGAGGUUACCUGCAACUUUGUGAAGUGACGGUCUUUGAACUUCCGCUGGAGAGUUGCCUUCCACCGGCAAUCAAAUCGGGACAACUAUCAAUCAUUGGAAAGCCGACUGCACAAAGUACAACAUUCAUUGAAAACUAUACUUCAGAUAAAGCUGUAGAUGGAAGUCCAGGCACAUUCCUUUACCCCAACAAUGUCUGCUCACAUACAGGUGAAGAGGAUCAUCCUUGGUGGAGAGUGGAUCUUGAGGAAGAGCAUUGUAUCAGCAAAGUGACCAUUCUUAACCGUGGAGAUUGUUGCAGUGACCGUUUGACGAAUGCAGUUGUCCGUGCCGGUUUGAAUGAUGACGUCAUCACCAAUCACCAAUGUGGUUCAGCAGUAACAGCUGAUCAAGCUCAACCAUUGGGUGGGACCAUCGAGUUCGCCUGUGAGUCACCGUUGAGGGCGCGGUACAUCAGUGUUGAUAUCCCCACUGGAGGUUACCUGCAACUUUGUGAAGUGACGGUCUUUGAACUUCCGCUGGAGAGUUGCCUUCCACCGGCAAUCCAAUCAGGACAACUAUCAAUCGUUGGAAAGCCGACUGCACAAAGUACGACACAUAAUGAAAACUAUACUUCAGAUAAAGCUGUAGAUGGAAGUCAAGGCACAUACCUCUACCCCAACAAUGUCUGCUCACAUACAGGUGAAGAGGCUCAUCCUUGGUGGAGAGUGGAUCUUGAGGAAGAGCAUUGUAUCAGCAAAGUGACCAUUCUUAACCGUGGAGAUUGUUGCAGUGACCGUUUACGAAUGCAGUUGUUACCUGCAACUUGUGAAGUGACGGUCUUUGAACUUCCGCUGGAGAGUUGCCUUCCACCGGCAAUCCAAUCAGGACAACUAUCAAUCGUUGGAAAGCCGACUGCACAAAGUACGACACAUAAUGAAAACUAUACUUCAGAUAAAGCUGUAGAUGGAAGUCAAGGCACAUACCUCUACCCCAACAAUGUCUGCUCACAUACAGGUGAAGAGGAUCAUCCUUGGUGGAGAGUGGAUCUUGAGGAAGAGCAUUGUAUCAGCAAAGUGACCAUUCUUAACCGUGGAGAUUGUUGCAGUGACCGUUUGACGAAUGCAGUUGUCCGUGCCGGUUUGAAUGAUGACGUCAUCACCAAUCACCAAUGUGGUUCAGCAGUAACAGCUGAUCAAGCUCAACCAUUGGGUGGGACCAUCGAGUUCGCCUGUGAGUCACCGUUGAGGGCGCGGUACAUCAGUGUUGAUAUCCCCACUGGAGGUUAUCUGCAACUUUGUGAAGUGACGGUCUUUGAACUUCCGCUGGAGAGUUGCCUUCCACCGGCAAUCCAAUCAGGACAACUAUCAAUCGUUGGAAAGCCGACUGCACAAAGUACGACACAUAAUGAAAACUAUACUUCAGAUAAAGCUGUAGAUGGAAGUCAAGGCACAUACCUCUACCCCAACAAUGUCUGCUCACAUACAGGUGAAGAGGCUCAUCCUUGGUGGAGAGUGGAUCUUGAGGAAGAGCAUUGUAUCAGCAAAGUGACCAUUCUUAACCGUGGAGAUUGUUGCAGUGACCGUUUGACGAAUGCAGUUGUCCGUGCCGGUUUGAAUGAUGACGUCAUCACCAAUCACCAAUGUGGUUCAGCAGUAACAGCUGAUCAAGCUCAACCAUUGGGUGGGACCAUCGAGUUCGCCUGUGAGUCACCGUUGAGGGCGCAGUACAUCAGUGUUGAUAUCCCCACUGGAGGUUACCUGCAACUUUGUGAAGUGACGGUCUUUGAACUUCCGCUGGAGAGUUGCCUUCCACCGGCAAUCCAAUCAGGACAACUAUCAAUCGUUGGAAAGCCGACUGCACAAAGUACGACACAUAAUGAAAACUAUACUUCAGAUAAAGCUGUAGAUGGAAGUCAAGGCACAUACCUCUACCCCAACAAUGUCUGCUCACAUACAGGUGAAGAGGAUCAUCCUUGGUGGAGAGUGGAUCUUGAGGAAGAGCAUUGUAUCAGCAAAGUGACCAUUCUUAACCGUGGAGAUUGUUGCAGUGACCGUUUGACGAAUGCAGUUGUCCGUGCCGGUUUGAAUGAUGACGUCAUCACCAAUCACCAAUGUGGUUCAGCAGUAACAGCUGAUCAAGCUCAACCAUUGGGUGGGACCAUCGAGUUCGCCUGUGAGUCACCGUUGAGGGCGCGGUACAUCAGUGUUGAUAUCCCCACUGGAGGUUACCUGCAACUUUGUGAAGUGACGGUCUUUGAACUUCCGCUGGAGAGUUGCCUUCCACCGGCAAUCCAAUCAGGACAACUAUCAAUCAUUGGAAAGCCGACUGCACAAAGUACAACCAUUGAAAACUAUACUUCAGAUAAAGCUGUAGAUGGAAGUCAAGGCACAUACCUCUACCCCAACAAUGUCUGCUCACAUACAGGUGAAGAGGAACAUCCUUGGUGGAGAGUGGAUCUUGAGGAAGAGCAUUGUAUCAGCAAAGUGACCAUUCUUAACCGUGGAGAUUGUUGCAGUGACCGUUUGACGAAUGCAGUUGUCCGUGCCGGUUUAAAUGAUGACGUCAUCACCAAUCACCAGUGUGGUUCAGCAGUAACAGCUGAUCAAGCUCAACCAUUGGGUGGGACCAUCGAGUUCGCCUGUGAGUCACCGUUGAGGGCGCGGUACAUCAGUGUUGAUAUCCCCACUGGAGGUUACCUGCAACUUUGUGAAGUGACGGUCUUUGAACUUCCGCUGGAGAGUUGCCUUCACCCAGCAAUCCAAUCAGGACAACUAUCAAUCAUUGGAAAGCCGACUGCACAAAGUACAACCAUUGAAAACUAUACUUCAGAUAAAGCUGUAGAUGGAAGUCAAGGCACAUACCUCUACCCCAACAAUGUCUGCUCACAUACAGGUGAAGAGGAUCAUCCUUGGUGGAGAGUGGAUCUUGAGGAAGAGCAUUGUAUCAGCAAAGUGACCAUUCUUAACCGUGGAGAUUGUUGCAGUGACCGUUUGACGAAUGCAGUUGUCCGUGCCGGUUUGAAUGAUGAUGUCAUCACCAAUCACCAAUGUGGUUCAGCAGUAACAGCUGAUCAAGCUCAACCAUUGGGUGGGACCAUCGAGUUCGCCUGUGAGUCACCGUUGAGGGCGCGGUACACCAGUGUUGAUAUCCCCACUGGAGGUUACCUGCAACUUUGUGAAGUGACGGUCUUUGAACUUCCGCUGGAGAGUUGCCUUCCACCGGCAAUCCAAUCAGGACAACUAUCAAUCGUUGGAAAGCCGACUGCACAAAGUACGACACAUAAUGAAAACUAUACUUCAGAUAAAGCUGUAGAUGGAAGUCAAGGCACAUACCUCUACCCCAACAAUGUCUGCUCACAUACAGGUGAAGAGGAUCAUCCUUGGUGGAGAGUGGAUCUUGAGGAAGAGCAUUGUAUCAGCAAAGUGACCAUUCUUAACCGUGGAGAUUGUUGCAGUGACCGUUUGACGAAUGCAGUUGUCCGUGCCGGCUUGAAUGUUGACGUCAUCACCAAUCACCAAUGUGGUUCAGCAGUAACAGCUGAUCAAGCUCAACCAUUGGGUGGGACCAUCGAGUUCGCCUGUGAGUCACCGUUGAGGGCGCGGUACAUCAGUGUUGAUAUCCCCACUGGAGGUUAUCUGCAACUUUGUGAAGUGACAGUUGAGAAACUUCCUCUGGAUCGAUGUCCCGAAUCGGCAGUACGCACAUCAGGGCCUUUGUCAAUCGUUGGACUGCCAACUGAACAAAGUACAACAUACCUUCCCAACUACUCGUCAGAUAAAUCUGUGGAUGGAAGCCGCGACACACGACUCUACUCUAAAAAUAAUUCAUGUUCCCAAACAGGUAAGGAGUACGCCCCCUGGUGGCGAGUCUACCUCAAAGGCGUCUACACUAUCUCGAAGGUCUCCAUUCUCCAUCGCGGGGAUUGCUGCCGCCGUGAUAGCUUGGAGGGUGCAGUCGUUCGUGCUGGAUUCCACACUUCCGUCACCCAAAACGAGCAGUGCGGUUCAACAGUCACAGCCGAACAAUCUGCCGUCACCAGUGGCACCAUCGAGUUCGUCUGUGACCCACCCUUGAGGGCGCGCUACAUUAGUGUUGACGUACAGUCUAAAGGAGGGCAGCACCUGCAGCUGUGUGAGGUGACAGUGGAGCAGGUCCUCUCACCAGAGACAAACACCCUCUAGAGGAGAUUGGAUGGAGUGAACAAAUGCAUUAACCGAUCCCCUUAUUUUGUUUUGUUAUAAUGUUUGCUAAAACGCAUCAUAUAAACGUUUAUAUAGAAUUAAAAAAAUAUAAAAUGAAUAGGGUAGAUGGCCUUAGCUUUCGAUCCAAUCCGGACCUUCUUCAGAGGCAUAAAACAAGUACAAACAAAUACAUAUCCAUUUAUAGAAAAAGAGAGGGUUAAAGGAAAGGCACUAGGGAUGACACCUUUGGUAAUUGUCAAAGGUGGGGUGGGGUUGGGCAAGUCUAUGUGUGACACAUCUUUUCUCCAGUAACUUGUGUUGCGAUUUCGCUUACCAUUUUGCUUCUUCGUUAAUUUUUGUGGUUUUUCUAAUCAAGAGGGCUGUUCCUGCUAUUUUUGUAUCCUGUAUUAUGUAUUUGAUUGUACCCACGCUUUGAAACAGUUGUAGACACUGGACACUAUUGUUUUUUGUCAAAGACCAGUCUUCUCACUUGGUGUAUCUUAAUUUAAAAUAACAAACC